GGCGCAAUCUCUCGGGAAGCUUGGCUCCUGGUGCUCGCCGUAGAACCCGUGAUAGAAAGGGACGGUUGCCUUGGAGCCGGAGGGAAGCGGCCCGGGAAUCCCUCGCGAGGCCCAGGCUACCAUGUCGGUGUUAGACGCGCUUUGGGAGGACCGAGAUGUCCGGUUCGACGUGUCGUCUCAACAAAUGAAAACAAGACCUGGAGAGGUCCUUAUUGAUUGUUUAGAUUCAAUAGAAGACACCAAAGGAAACAAUGGGGAUAGAGGUAGAUUGUUAGUGACAAAUUUGAGAAUUAUAUGGCAUUCUUUGGCAUUACCCAGAGUCAAUCUUUCUGUUGGCUACAACUGCAUAAUCAGUAUUACAACAAGAACUGCUAAUUCUAAGUUACGGGGCCAGACUGAAGCUCUUUACAUACUAACAAAAUGUAACAAUACUCGUUUUGAGUUUAUAUUUACAAAUGUGGUUCCUGGGAAUCCUAGACUUUUUACCUCUGUCAUUGCAGUACACAGAGCUUAUGAAACUUCUAAAAUGUACCGUGAUUUUAAACUGAGGAGUGCAUUAAUUCAAAACAAACAGCUAAGAUUAUUACCACAGGAACAAGUAUAUGAUAAAAUCAAUGGCGUUUGGAAUUUAUCCAGUGACCAGGGAAAUUUGGGAACCUUUUUUAUUACUAAUGUGAGAAUUGUUUGGCAUGCAAAUAUGAAUGACAGUUUCAACGUCAGUAUACCAUAUCUGCAAAUUCGUUCUAUAAAGGUCAGAGAUUCAAAGUUUGGUUUAGCACUUGUUAUAGAGAGCUCUCAACAGAGUGGAGGAUAUGUUCUUGGUUUCAAAAUAGAUCCUGUGGAAAAACUACAGGAGUCAGUAAAGGAAAUAAAUUCACUCCACAGAGUCUAUUCUGCCAGUCCUAUAUUUGGGGUGGAUUAUGAGAUGGAAGAAAAGCCUCAACCUCUUGAAGAUCUGACAGUUGAACAAAUUCAAGAUGAUGUGGAAAUAGAGUCUGAUGAACACACUGAUGCUUUUGUGGCUUAUUUUGCUGAUGGCAAUAAGCAACAAGAUCGUGACCCUGUAUUUUCAGAAGAACUGGGGCUUGCAAUAGAAAAAUUGAAGGAUGGAUUCACCCUGCAGGGACUUUGGGAAGUAAUGAGUUGACCUUGAUUUGAGCUGGAUUUCUGUUUAAAGAUACUUUAAGAUUGAAGAUACUAGUGGUCUGGUAUAACACAUUGAAUAGUCAUAUAUGAAGUAAUAACCUUAAAGAAUUUAAGAAAAAAUGCAUUUAUCUAAAAUGUUAUUGCCAGUUGCCUUAUCUAUCCUAAAAUUGUAACAGAACUGGAUUUAGUCUGUUGAAUUUAUUUGCUAUACAUAUCAUUUUAAUCUUGUACAUUAAUGAGUUUGCUGACAUAAAAUGACUGUAUAUGAUUGUGUUUAAUAAAGAGUAUUUGUAUAGCAUUUUUUAAUGUUUUGCAAAUAUUAUUUCGGAAAAUAGGACAGGAACUCCGAAUCUGAGAUGAACUUUUCUGAACUUAGGUAGGGUAAGAUAAACUGUGUGCUGUAGUGGAAAGAGCACUUACUUGGGGUAAGAGAAUCUGCUUUUGAAUCUCAGCUCUGCUCCUUAGUACCUGUGUGAGCAAGUACCUUUACCUCUAGGGGCCUCUGUUUGCUCAUCUGCCAACAGAAGGGGUGACAAUGAUGUCUAUGGCCCUUUUCUAUUUUUAUUUUUAUUUUUUUUUAAUUUUUAUAUUUUUAGGCAAUUGGGGUUAAGUGACUUGCCCAGGG